AUGCCGUGGGAUUACAGGUCUCUCUACUCCACGACCCCUCGCUCCUUCCUCUUUGCCGUCGUCGCAAAUGUCGGCCCCGGCGGCGCUAGCCGCGCCCUGACUGUGGCCUACCGCCAGUAUCAUGACAGAUACAACGAAUUCGAAGCAUCAGGCGCACGGGUGCACCAUAUGGUGACCGACACCCUUGCGCUAAUCGAAAUCCUCUCGGAUCCCGCGAACCGAGCGCUGCUGGAGGCAGAGAGGGCGCUCGUGGAGGACUGGUAUCGUCGGUCUCCCCAUGAACCUUCGGUUCAUGAGCGGCCCAGCAUACCUGACACCGCGCAGCCCCCGUAUGUGCCCAGUUUCGAGGAUGAGGUGCCAGUGCAACAACAGCCCCGGCUGCCGUGGCGUGAGGAUACGCUCAGUCAGUUUCCCUUCACUGCGACAUGCGUUUUGCUGGCCUUGUUGCGUGACGAUAGCGCUGCUGAUGCCACCCGCCCCGGCGACGUCCAGUUCCAGCCGCUCUCGACAGUGUUCCGGGCGGACUGCACUGAAUAUGGCUUGGUCGUCCUCGACAUCUCCGAGCUCGAUAGCGGUGUCCAGUACGGCAUUGCUGCCUUUCCUGUGCACUACAUGGCCACGGUUUGGGACCCCGACGAGAACAUAGACUGGGAUCCCGUCGAAGACGACCAGCCGGAAGAGGUGGAUAUUGUACUUGAGAGCUCGCGGCCUCGAGUGCUUUUGUCAAUUGCUCAGUGGAUAAGGAAGUACUACAGCUUGUGGGGUCUGGAAGACCACCCUGGUAUCCUCCGACUGGAGGAGAGGCCGCUGGCUGAUGCGGCAGCCUUGGACUGUACGUCUGUUCACGCCAGUGCUGACGGGGGAAUUUUAGAUAUCUGGCCACCGGAGCUGGAGGAUCCGCCUCGACCAACUUCAACAGGUAUUCUCUCGAGCAUCUUGAAGGUAGACGAAUCGCCGCGAAAUCGGUCCAUAGACCACGCAAAGGAUGAUGGAUCGACCGCAGUAGCCUCGAGUGUGACCACAUCACACGAGCCGCUGCAGAAUGUGCCUGUGGACAUGGAUCGCACAAUUGAUAAUCUGCUGGUUCUCACCCGGGAGCCCGUCUCUCCUCCCCGCGAGAAACAAGCGCUCGCUCACCUUCAAAUGCUGGCCCCGUUUCGCCAGAAGCUGCUGCAGCGACUCGAAGAGGUGCCUGAUAGGCUCGGCCCCUCCACGAUCUCCAGCCAUGUUCUGCGCGUGGCAUACACUGAGCACUGCCACCUCAACUGGGUGGUGUUUGGGAGCCUGCCGCCUCGUGUGAUUGCGGCCGCUAUUGCCUCGGAUGAGCUUGGGGGUGCGUCUGCGCUCAGCCUCUGCGUCGAUGCGUGGGCGGGAGAUGAGGAAGAGGGAGCAUCAGACCUUGUUGACCUCGCAGCGGCCCUGGCACAAUGCGCAGGUCUUCAACAGCUCUGCUUCUUGCAGCGACCGGACCGGGACAAGGACGAUGUCUCGUCUCGUGUCUGCUCGCAGCUUUUGCGGCUGUGGGGGAGGGAACCAGGAGGAGAAGACUGGGAGUGGCUCAGGCGGAAAACCAUCCAUUCGACCUCUGCCUUCUUGACCGGUUUACGCAACCGUAAGUUGCCCACAUCAUCCUUGAUGAUAGCUUCGGGAUCCAGCUUCACCUCGCGCGCCCAAAUCUUUCCUAGGAUCCAUCUGUACACGUUGCUCGGUCCCCAACGCGAAGAUAUCCCAAACGCAGCCGCAGAACACCACGUCCACCCUUCUCGUCCUGGGUACAUCGCCUACUACUCCAUGGAAAACACCGGGUUAACCGCCGAGAACUUCGCCGUCCGAUUCCUGGAAUACCUCUGGUCUAUGGGUCCGUAUUCAGAUCCCGACAAGGCCAUCUUGCGAAUGGCAUAUCAUGGGGCUUUCUCGUCGCUCGCUUCUGAUGACGACGAUAGCGAGCAAUACCGCCGUAAGCACGGCUGGUCGCUGCCCGGGAGACCGCCACCACUAUCGCCGCUCCGGCCAUCGCCAGAUCGAUUGGGUGUGAGGCCUAUCCCUGCCGGAUUUUCCGAUGCCGGGCUCGCCCCCGACGACCCGUCCAAAGUCCGACUCGGGGAUAUUCCCCCUAGGAGCUGGGUGGUUCUUGUGGAUCGACAAGAUCGCAGUUGCCGGCCUAGCGACGGCACCGCCUUCUUACAAUACUCUUUUAUGAAAAUCCGGCAAGCCUGUGCUGAGAUUGCGCCCGAACAGCAAUCUAGCUUAGUCGAGAUGGUCGGCGGGCUGACCAACUUCCUGCGCGAAACCGUGCCGGGGAUUGAUAUUGCCACGUGGGAGAAACGGGUCGAGGAGGUAGAGAGGGAACGCUGCAUUGACGUCGGUGUCAUGGCUGAGAGCCGGGCCUACACUUUGCUGGAUCAGUUAGUGUGA